AUGUCGGAGGAUAAGCGCGGCCGCUCUAGCAGUCGGAAGCGAAAGCCGAUUGAUGAGGAAAUCAACGCCAAGCGGUUAGCCUCGAGAUGGGCCUGCUGCCGUUCCCGAAGCGCCCACCGUUCCGCCGCUGCCUCCAUCGCAGCUGGCUUCUGCCGCUGCCCUCGCAGCUGCUCUGCUGCCGCUGUUCCACCGCAGCUGCUCUGCUGCUGCCGUUCCCCACCGCUGCUAGCUUCGCUGCCGCUGCCUCCGUCAGCUGGCUCUGCUGCCGCUGCCCCCACCGCUGCCCCCACCGCUGCUAGCUCCGCUGCCGCUGCCUCCAUCGCAGCUAGCUCUGCUGCCGCUGACAUCGCUGCAGCUAGUGCUGCCGCCGCGUGUGCUAUCUUUGACGCAGUCCAGAAGUACGACGACCUCACCCUGGCGCUGGUGGUCGAAAACCCGUCCUGGGGAUCAGACUAG